AUGAUGGACACCAGUCGACUCCUGACGGCUCUGCAGCGGGAGUUCCCCGCUCCAAAGAUUGAUCCGGCAUGGGUUCAAGCCUGUGCGGAUGCUCUCGCAGAUGAUGGGCAGGAUCCAUCGUUCGCGAAUGUGCGCGAGCAAUACCUCUUCUCCGACCUCGCCGCCUCGACCCUCCCCUCCUCGCUGAUCCCCGCUGAACCGCACAACAUCGUCCUCUUCCCCACUCCCACCCUCGUUCAACUGCUCAGUAUCACGGAGAUAGGCUACUCUGCUUUCCAGCUGCAGACGAUCCAAGAACAGCGGAAAGAUGUUCUGUCUGGCGUAACGAGGAUCAGGCGGAUGGGGGACGAGGAGGACGAGAAUGGGGAUCUGGAGGAUGAGGGAAAACUGCCGGUGUAUCCAAGAGGAAUGUUGAAGAUGGAAGUGACGGAUGGGGAGCGGUGUUUGAAGGCGAUGGAGUAUAAGCGGCUGGAUGGGAUCAAGUUGGCGGAGACGCCGCUGGGGGCCAAGCUUGUGCUGCACAGAGUCAAGACUCUACGGGCUACUUUACUGCUCGAUCCUGACAAUACUCGUUUCCUCGGGUACGAAGUCAGCCAUCUCGAAGCGGAUCAACCUACCAAGUUUACCAACUCACUCCUCCGUCGAAUGGGCAAGCCAGUCCCAGAAGAUGACGAAGAGGGAGCUCCACCGCCAGACGAAGCCCCCCCGCCUGCGGCACGACGCCGGGCGGAGCCUGCACCUGCAGUAGCACCUCAGCGUCAGGCUGAGCGUCCAGCUCCGGCACGUGCAGCUGCCGCUGCAGCACCGGCUCGGCGCAUCACUAUCCCCCCUCCACCUGCUACGGCCGGCCCGAGUCGCCCUCGUUCUGCCGCGACAUCGGUCGACGUUCCUUCCCCAUACUUCCAAUCCCGCACCCAAGCCACCGCGUCCUCGUCCCGUCCUGCUGCUCGUUCAACUACAGCAGCUACAGCGGCUUCUCCGCGCGUUGUCCAACCGGUGGAGGAUGACGAAGAGGACGAUAUGAUGGAUUAUGACGAGUCCUUCAUGCGGCAGCUCGACGCGGCGGAGGCGAGAGCUACAUCUGCCCGGCCACAACCUCAGGCGAAGCGGAAUCAGGAUCAGUCGAGCGAUUAUGGCCUGGAUGAUAUCGAUGAGGAUAUGCUGGGGCAAUUGGAGGCGGUCGAGAGGGCACAGCAGGAGCGGCACCAGCAGCAGCAGCAAUGGUCUACACGGCACUCAACGGCGGUACCGUCGAGGAACGCAGUGGCGGGAGGGAGAAGAGGAGGCGGUGGAGGGGCAGGGGAGGCACCGUGGAUCAUGGACGAUGAUGACGAUGAUGAGGUGGAGGAAGCGGUAGGAUACUCCAGGUCGAGUAGUACGGUCCGGGCUGCGGCGGCAGGGCGGGUAUCAGCGCCGAGCGGAGGGAGAGGGGCGGCGCCAAAGAAGAAGGCGAAGAAGGGGGUCAGAGAGGAGGAGAAGGAGAAUUGGCCAGAUGUAAUCGAGAUUUCGGACUCGGAGUGA